UAAGUCUGUCCUGAAGAGCUCCACAGUAAUCAAGGACAUUAAUCAGUACUGAUGUGUAGACGAUCUAGAGAGUUUAAUAGGUAUGGUAUGAAAACAUAACAAGACGUAGGAACACUGAACAUAAUAUUCUGUUAUAAACAGAACUGAACAUUUUUAAAUAUAGUUUUUCAUACUGUAUGUAUGGUUAACUGAAUUGCAAGCACGCAUGAGCAUAGAAAUGGAAAUCAGCAUCAACAGGACUGAUGUUCUUACUGACAUACAUCCUUGCUAUAAAAUAGAUGUCUCUUACGUACUGACAAGGAGCACUUCUGCAAAAUGUGUAUUGUUUCAUAUUUUCCUUGGUUUAUUAUCUGUCGUCACGGUAUGCGGAAACCUUCUUGUAAUAAUCUCCAUCAUUUACUUCAAACAGCUCCACACUUCUACCAACUACCUCAUCCUUUCUCUGGCUGUGGCUGACCUGCUUGUAGGAGUUGUAGUCUUUCCUCUCACUAUGGAAUUCUCUAUAAGCUCAUGUCGGUACUAUGAUGACUUAUUUUGCAAAAUACGGGGCGCAUUUGAUAUAUCACUGUGUACAUCUUCUAUUCUGAACUUGUGUUGUAUUUCUAUAGACAGAUAUUAUGCAGUGUGUCAGCCUCUGACAUACAGAACUAAGAUAAAUGAUCAUGUUGUUGUGAUCAUGAUCUUAAUGAGCUGGGGGGUAUCUUUCUUUAUUGGAAUUAUUGUAAGAAUAAACCAAGAACAAUGCGCUGCACCAUGUUUCGUCGACAACGUACUGGCAACCAUAAUGGGACUUUUUUUCUCAUUUUACCUUCCAGUGCUUUUAAUGCUCUGUAUCUACCUGAAGAUUUUCCUUGUUGCACAGCGACAGGCACGCAGCAUCCAGAACACAAAGUCUGGAGCAACUGUCAGUAAGAUGGAGAGAAAGGCCACCAAAACUCUGGCUAUUGUGAUGGGAAUAUUUUUGGUAUGUUGGUUACCUUUCUUUCUUUUUACCACCAUUCUGUCUUUUAGCCAUGUUUACGUACCACUUGCUUUGAUUGAAUUUCUUAAUUGGCCUGCACUGUCAAAUUCAAUGCUAAAUCCAUUUAUAUAUGCGUUCUUUUACAGCUGGUUCAGAUCAGCUUUCAGAAUUAUUAUUUCCGGAAAAAUAAUUCAGAGUGAUUUUACUAACUCAAAGCUGCUCUGAUUCACUGUGUGGUUUGCUAAAAUAUUUCAUAGAUGUGUCUAUAAGUAUAAUGAAUAGCACAGUAACACACAAAUAUAUAUACACAAAAUACUAUACACUGUAUUCCAUCUGGGAGAAAAUAUAAAAAACACACGAUAAAAACAUCUUUUGAGAGCCAAGGAUCGUAUGAUAUUUUUUAUAAACAAUAAAAAAAAAAGAAAAUGUGAACAACAGAAGCCUUUUAGCCUUUUUAUUUUGGAAGACCUCCUCAGGCAUUUCUUGAGUGUUGCUAUAAAAGGUGAAGACUCAGUUGUAAAUUAAGUCACCCCCCAAACACAUACUUUGACUCACUCAGUCAAAUUAAAGGGUCAGUUCACCCGAAUCCCAAAACAUAAAUUGAUAGUCCACACACCACACAGUGAACAGUUUGGAUGAUCUCAGACUACAUGCAGACACAUAGUGAUCAUCAGUUCAAUUAUAUAUAACUGUACGGUUUUAUUAAACUAAAUCCCACUGCACGGGGUGCGUUUGACCGGCGAAACAGUGUCACACUCAGCUCCGACACUCAAUAUCUUUUUCACGGGUUUAUUUCCUUUUAUCAGCAACUCCACACAUGCUUUUCUUUUAGCACGUAAACAGUGAUCGUGCCGUCAGCAAGUAAUCAACUGGAAAACACAAAAUAUAAACAACAUCGCUUCAUUAAUGGCACGGACAUAUUUAUGAUAUUUAACUCAAGUUAAAUAAACACUUUGUAUACAUAUUAACUCACCAGCUCAGCUUCACCAGUCAACCCGAAGCACAGCAAGUAAGAAUAAUCAAAAAAAAACAAAACAAGGUGGACUGCUGCCGCUAGAGGGCGCUAUGAACUCCCAACAUUAUAAAAUAGUAGGAGACAACAUGACAUAUUUGAAAAUAGGAGAACUUCACACAAUAACUGUCAGUGCUUUAAAAGUUAAUAACAUUUUAUAAUUCAAAAAUGAACAGGCAGUCUGUCUAAAGAGGCUAAAAUAAGUGUCUGGUUAAAAUAUAUGGACUUUUGAAAAGCCUGUAACCUGUCUAAGCUAGUGAUCCCACAGAGAUGUGAUGCUAGUGAUGCUCUAGCAGCAAAACCAUUGUUUCUGGCGGUUUUUAGACGCAAAUUUAAGUAAAAAUAUUUUAGACUUUUCAGCACAAGGCACAGAGUUGCACCACUCGUUAAUGUCAUACUUGGACCAAUCAAGUCAAGCACGUUUUGAUGCUGAUACAUGUUAUAGGAACAGAGUAUGUGGAGGGUAAGGGGAAAUUCAUAGCUCAUUGUUGUGAUUGUUGUUUCAUGUUCUCAAAUCACGUUUGAUUGCCUGGUUGUGCACAGAGCUCCAUUCCACAAGCACAUUAGCUUUUGCCUGACGUGCUUUGCCAAGGCAAAUAAAAAGAACACUGUAGUAAUGAAAAUGUCCUGUAGUGAACUAAGCAUACCAGAGUCAGUACAGAUAAUUGGAACAUAUGUGUUGGUCAGUAGCAAAAAAUUAGAUGCCAUGGCAAUGAACAAAUAUGCCCCAGAAAAAGGAUAUACAUGUAAAACAGAGAUGGAUGCAGAAUUGAUCCUUGAGUCUCUCCAAACCUGAUUUUGGACAAUGAAGAGACAAAAUUGCUUACAGAAACAUCAAAAUUGUCUAUUUUCCAGGUAGGAGGAGAACCAGUUUAAGCUUACACCAUAUUAAUCUCAGGCAGAGCUUUCGAAAGCAGUGAAGUAAGGAAGAAGCAAGAAAGUCGCAUCACAACACGUCUGCUGAUGGUGCUCUGCCUGUGGAUUUGACAUCAUUAGCUACUGCUGUGCAUUUGCAACACUGUGGAUGGCUUUGAGAGAGCCUAGUUUCUCGUUGUGUCUGUUUAAGUCAGCUGUCUGGUUGCCUGUCUUCAGUUAAGCUAACUUUACUUUUUUAAAUGCUAAUGUUACUUGUGUGAGUGGGGCUACUGGGCUUUUAACCCAUGUUGGCAGAUAACACCCUGUUCACAUAGGCGUGAGACGCUGCGGGCAGUGUGACCGCUCUAAUCUGUUAACAUGGACACCAAAAUAAAAAUGAAGAUGUUCCGCCACACAACCCACGCAGACGCAGGCGGUGUGACUAAGCCUUUAUGUUUUAGGACACUUAAAGGGUCAUUUCUUACUACUGUAGAGCUAACUUUUGUGUAUAUAGCAUUAUCAUUGCUACUAACUGUUGUUUCUCACUGGAAUGUCAUGUUAGCUAGAAGCUGACAAGCUCAAACUACAGGCCAAUUUACCUCAGAUUCACCCCAAUCUACAAUUAGAGGAGAAAUCUUGUCCAGGGCCUUGGUCAGUACCAAUGUUAGGCCCAGUAUAUCUUUAGCCCUAACCCCAAUCACGUGAUUAUAGUUAUUAGUUAACUGAUCACUAUCGUCCUCUGAUUGGACAACUGAAUGACUGAGGCAGCUCAUAUGUGUAUUGGAAGCGUUGUCAUUCUGCUUAUAUACCCGAUGAAGCUCAUUUGACUUCUUGUUGAGAGAGCUGAGUUAGAAUAUAAACUUGUCCCUCAUAAUGUAUAUAUAAUACUAAAGGUUGGCACAAUAAAGAUUCAUAUUUUCACUCUCAGUCAUACACAGUUAUAUUUUUACUCCUACUGUACUUUGUACACAAAUUUGCAGUCAUCCAUUAACAUUAAUAUGUACGAGUAUAAAUUCAUUUUUUUGCAUAUUUGGCAGUAUAUUAAAAUGUAGAGAAUAUUUAAAUUAACUCUUCUGACAGGCAUCAAAAGACUGGCUGUGACAGUCUGGUCAGGUAUGUAAUCAUGUAAACCCACUUGUCUCACAGUAUGAAGUUAGGGCCUUUGUACACUGUAUGACUGAUCCCAUAAUAAUGUCCUACUUUAAAAUGAGGCUUAUGUCAAAAGUAUUAGUAAAAUAAAGAUAGUGUUUUAAUGCCUGUACCAUUGUGUCGAAUAGAUUUUAUUCUGUGAGAUGUGCAAUUAUUUACAUUUUUUAAAGUGUCCUUUAAACUGCUGACAAGACAAAGACAUUAUACAGCGAAAAGUGUAUAGGGAAACAUUCAUCACGUGCCGGACAUGCCACACGCUGCUCAGAUGUGAACAGGAUGUUACUCAUGCAUGCAGACAUGAAUGUAGUGUAUCCCAUCUGAUUGGGCAAAAUACCUUUGUAUUAAUUAUGGUAAUUAGGGAUUUGUAUUGAAUAUUUUAUCAUCAAGUAAAAAGGUUUUGCACAGCAGAAGAAUGAAGGACAAACAUCACCGCUGAUGGAAUCUGAGAGCAUGGAACGAGCAGUGACUUUCAAUGGGACUUACACUGUUAAUGACAUACAUCCCUGCUAUGAAUUACAUAAUAGAACUU